UGUCUGAUUCUCUCUCUCUCUCUCUCUCUUCCCUCUCUCUACUGUGGAGAAGAGAAGACCCAGUGAUAGCUGUGAGCUUAGAGAGAGAGAGAGAGAGGGGGUAGAAGGACUAAAAGGUAGCAAUGGGUUGGUUUCCCUGCUCUGGCAAUUCAAACAAAGCCGAGAAGAAGAAGCAGAGCAAGAAACCCAAUGAUCAGAUCCCAUCAGUGAUUUAUAAGCACUGGGCGCAUCAGUAGAUUAAAGCUGCAAAAUUCAAGAAAAUUUAUUAGAUCGUGGGCAGCCAACUUUCUGGAUCCUCUUCUGAUCUAGCUGCCACCAUUUUGAGCUAAUGGGGUUGCGAUAAACUGAAGGUGAACUCAGACUCGGAUAUAAAGAAAGUGGGCGGAUCUGAUCAUAUUGCAGCAUAUACGUUCACAUUCCGCGAACUUGCUGCUGCAGCCAAGAAUUUCAGGGCAGACUGCCUCCUUGGGGAAGGUGGCUUUGGCAGAGUAUAUAAGGGGCGUCUAGAGAGCACCAGUCAGGUGGUCGCAAUCAAGCAACUUGACCGUAAUGGGCUGCAAGGAAACAGGGAAUUUCUGGUAGAAGUAUUGAUGCUAAGUCUACUUCACCAUCCAAACCUGGUUAAUUUGAUUGGAUAUUGUGCUGAUGGGGACCAAAGACUAUUAGUUUAUGAGUACAUGCCUCUAGGCUCUUUAGAAGAUCAUUUACACGACCUGCCACCCGAUAAGAAACGACUUGACUGGAACACAAGAAUGAAAAUAGCUGCUGGGGCUGCAAAAGGGCUGGAGUACUUGCAUGACAAGGCCAAUCCACCAGUCAUAUAUCGGGACCUAAAGUGCUCAAAUAUCCUUCUUGAUGAAGACUAUCAUCCCAAGUUGUCUGAUUUUGGUCUUGCGAAAUUGGGCCCAGUUGGAGAUAAGACUCACGUGUCCACACGAGUAAUGGGAACAUACGGAUAUUGUGCCCCGGAAUAUGCCAUGACGGGUCAGCUCACUCUGAAGUCAGACGUGUACAGCUUUGGGGUUGUGCUUCUGGAGAUUAUAACUGGCAGAAAAGCUAUUGAUAACUUGAAGUCAGCCGGAGAACACAAUUUGGUCGCAUGGGCCCGCCCCUUGUUUAAGGACAGGAGGAAGUUCUCUCAAAUGGCGGACCCUACACUCCAAGGACAGUACCCUGUGAGAGGCCUAUACCAAGCUCUGGCUAUCGCGGCAAUGUGCGUUCAGGAGCAGCCCAACAUGAGGCCUGUUAUAGCUGAUGUAGUCACGGCCCUAUCAUAUCUCGCUUCCCAGAAGUACGAACCGAGUUCUCGGUCUGCGUCAUCCACUCCCAGAGCGAGAAGAGAACAGUGGCCUGCCAACUGAUGCUACAGCUCAUUUGGGUUCCUUCCAAGUCCAGGGAGCUAUCGUAUAUAGGAAAUUCCAACAGAUAAGAUUCUUUUGGGUGUUCGGAGCUCUUUGGGCAGAGUUUAUUUCAGGGUUCACAAUUACGGUAACGACACCGCCUCCAAUCCAUGGAAGUGUUUACUGGAUUAGUCCCAAUGCGACAUCGAGGACAGGCCCGACCUUAUUGAGUUGGCGUAUGAGAAUUUCCAUUUUUUAAUCCUUUUUUUUUUUUUGCCUUUUCUUAAAUUUUUUUUCAGCUUUUAUUCUAUGGUCUUCACUUCUAUCUGGGUAAUUAUUUUAAUUAGACAUGUCUGAUAGAAGUUAAGAGUUCUUUUUGUUUUCUUUUUCCCUUUUUUUUUUUUUUGAUUUUGUGGGGUGGGGGAGGAGAAGGUGUUUGUUUGUAAAAGAAGUCCUUACGUUUUACACAGAGACAUCUCUUCAAUGAAUUUACAGAAAGCUUUAGUUGACAGA